AUGAAGUCCCUAGCCCUAGUUAUAGCAGAUCUCAUAGAUAAUUUCAGAAAUAAAUCUCAUACACAACUUGGGCCAAAAGGAGUGUUUUAUUUUGGCCAUUCAGCGAACGUAUUUAGUGCAAUUGUUAGACUAGGUUUUGCCAAAGACACUACACCUCUGCUAAGUUCAAACUUCAAUGAUAUGCGCAAUAGAAAGUGGAAAUCAUUAUAUUUAAGUCUUUUUGCAUCAAAUUUGUAGGCCGUACUUUACGAUUGCCUCGACGAGAAAAAAGUAACAUUUUUCGUCAAUGAAAUUCCAAUKAYUGUUGAUAAGUAUGGAUGUAYUUUAUGUCCAUGGACG